UCUAGUUGGCUUGGGUGUUGUGUAUUAUAUAGUUUAUAAAAAUGUCUGAUGAAGUAAGUGUAAUAGUUGAUGCAGGGUCAAAAAGUAUCAAAGUAGGAUUUGCCGGAGAAUCGUUCCCAAGAAACGUAAUACCCACUGUAGUUGGAAGAUUUCGCAGAGAAGGCCUAACUGAUGGAGUACCAGACAUAUAUUUUGGUGGAGAAGCGAUUAAAAAGAAAGGAAUUUCAAAUCUGUCCUGGCCUAUAGAAGGAGGGAUGGUACAAGAUUGGGAUGAGAUGGAGAAGUUAUGGCACCACGUCUUCUACCGGGAACUGUUGGUGGCACCAGAAUUUUCUCCAACUCUCAUAUCACUACAUCCCUUGACUAAGCUAAGAGAUAAAGAAAAAUUGGCCGAGAUACUCUUUGAGUCAUUUCUGAUACAAGAUUUGUACUUAGCUAUAUCUCCUGCACUUGUUCUUCACGCUAGCGGCAGAACUACAGGAGUAGUGUGGGAAAACGGCUAUUCCUGUAAUUACACCGCUCCAGUAUUUGAAGGAUUUCCACUUAAGCACGCAACAAUUUGCUCGGAAUUAAAUGGGAAACUACUAACAGAAAGACUCCAAUAUUUACUUAAGCAAGUUGGGUAUAGUUUCACUACGUCUUGUGAGAUUGAAUCGGUGGAUAAACUCAAGGUAUAAACAUUGAGGAAAAUCAACAAAUUUUAGUACACGUUUCGGACACAAUUAGAUUUGGCUGGGUUGGUACUUUCUUAUUUAAAUCAUCUCCGUGGCUCGCAAACCCAGUAAGCUGCCUCGUUCACUAUGGAUUGACGGUACUCGAAACACAUACAUUCACUCGAAAGCUUUAUGCACUAGCAAAUGUGCAGACACACAUUUGCGUCUUUUUCUCGAAGCAAUCAAACAAGAGUUUAGCUAGUCUAAUUGGUGAGUUCGCAAUUUCUAAUCGCGGCUGAGUUCGACUAUUUAACCCAUUCAAUCCCUAGUAGCACCAAGAGUUUUUAAAAUAUCUACUCAAUAACAGUUCGAUGUAAAAGAAACAAAAAUAAUAUUAAUAUGAAACGAAAGAAAUAACUCAAAUGAAAAUAUAUAGUUUUGUAUGAAUUUGACGUAGGAUGUAGCUCUCAAUCGGUUUUUAAUAUUUAAUUUUCUCAUGUCAACAACACAACAAACAAAACAAAUAUUUUUUUACUUAAUCAACUUUUUGUUAAAGUUUUAUUUAUAUAUAUAACAAAACUCGAGUAGUCCAUUCCUUAAGGCAAGUGAUUUUUUUUAUCAAGCUUGUUGUGUUUAUUUAAGGAUACGCUGGUCGUAGCAAGUUAUGCAAGCCAAGCCUACCUCCAAAAUCCAAAAACAAUUAAAUUUCGUUAUAUUGUAUUGUAAAUACCCAAUCAUACAUGCUUAAUUCAAGACUAAAUGAUGCGUAUACAAGACAGCCAGUACGUCUUUGCAACUCUAAUUGCGUUAUAUCUGUGAAGGCCAAGUAUUGCUAAUCACGUAACAUAUGUACAUAGAAACCUCUUCUUUGAUACAUAUCUAUUCUUUGCUGGGUUUUUAUAUUUAUUACAAUGAAAAA